UUUAUUUUCCUUUUCUUCCCAGCAUGUACGCAUUCUAUAAUACAACCCAUCUCUAAUGGCUGCCAUCCCACGAAUGCUCUCAGCCGCACGCGAAGAAGCCACAAUCCUCACUUCCGAAUUGGCCACCGCAGCUCGAACGACUGCUACUGAGGGUCUCGCUGCUGAAGCGAGGAUAGCCUCUGAGUCAAUGAACCCAGUGGCUGUGAGGCAGGCUGUCGAGAUGAGUGUGAAAGAGAGUAGUGAAGGUUCUUUACUGUCCCAUCACCCUUCCCACACUACAACCCUUAAACCCACAAACCUCCCUUCCUUCUCCCUCAAUCCCACUUCUAUACCUUCCACAAUGUUAUCAUCUACAUCAACCACAACACGUACCAUUGUAGGUCAGGUGCUCGAAGAAGAUCUCGGAGUCACAUUGAAGCAAGCAAUGUCCAACGCCGCAGAGACGGGUUUGGAAGCGCAGGUGGAUCAGUUUACGGACGCGACGAAGACUUUAGUAAAGGGACAGACCCAGGCGAAGUUACACGGUUAGCGUGAGGAGGUAGUGUGAAAUUAGGUUGGCCAUCUUUUCUGUACCUGUUGUGAUGAUUAGAUUUUGCUUUUGUCCG